AUGGCCUCUACCACUCCCCCAACGCUCAAACACGUCCUCAACCUCAGCCUCAUACCGACGACGGUGCUCGAUGCCGGCGCCACUCCUCGCGGACGCAUCAGCUGGGUGGAAUUGCCGUCGGGCGAACUGACGACCCCCGCGGGAGACAAGAUCGCCACGGUCCUCCCGGGCGGCGGCGACUAUUGCACGCGGCACGUCGACGACUUGAUGCUCGAAGUCGACCUGCGUGUUGUCGCGCAGACACCCGCCGACCCAGCCACGGGCGCCUCGACGCUGUUCAAGUUCCAGAGCGUCGGCUACGACAAGCUGAUCAAGCCGAUCAUGGGCGCCUUGGAUGGCGACGCCGCAGCGGCAUCGGCACCGCCACCACCAGGAGAAGAGAUGCCCUCGGCGCUGUACGGCACCGAGGUGCUCUGGUGCAACACGUCCAGCAAGGAGUAUUGGUGGAUGAACUUCGCGGUCCUGGUCGCAAAGGCCGCGCUUGUUCUGGGUCCCAAGGGCGUCGAGAAGGUCGAGUAUGCCAUUUAUCAGGUCGUCGUGUAG